UUUGCCUCUGCAAACACGCAGCUGUCCUGUGCCCUUAUCGCCCCUGUAUUCACUGAACGGCGACAUUUCUGUUCCUGCUUGCAACAAGCAAGUUCGGUGGUAGGAGAGCUGCUUGGCGUUCAAGGUGUCAAUUUGUAGCGGAAUGUUUGCAACAGAUUAAAAGAGUUGUGUUGGAGGCACGCGCUCGGGUAGCGGGGAAAACACCUUGCGCUUUCGAGUCGACAUCUGGGAAGUGAAAUUUAAGAGUAGUUUCAGGAAAUCAGAAAACAUAAUUAAAACAGGGGCUUGCUGGUGUGAUUUGGAGCGGGGAUGGAGUGGCGUCAGCAGUCUGCAGUCAGCUGUGAGCUCGCGUUCCAGGAGGCACAAAGAUGGCUCGAGGAAGUUACCAACAAGCGUUUUGGAAGCAAAACCUUUCGAGUGGCCUUGGAGGAUGGAGUCCUUCUGUGCGAUCUGAUCAACAAACUGAAGCCAGGCAUCAUCAAACGACUUAACAGGCUAUCCACCCCUAUUGCAGGCUUGGAUAACGUGAAUGUGUUUCUCAAGGCUUGUGAGAAACUAGGGCUCAAUGAAGCACAGCUCUUCCAUCCUGGAGACCUGCAAGAUGUGUCCACACGUGUGACUGUCAGACGUGAAGAGACGUGCAGGAGACUGAAAAACGUUUUGAUCACUAUAUACUGGUUGGGGAGGAAGGCCCAGUCUGAUCCGUUUUACACUGGACCACAGUUGAACCUAAAAGCCCUUGAAGGUUUGCUGGGCAUAGCAUUAUCUAAGGCUCUGGAGGAGUCUGUGCAGUCCAAGUCCAGUGUGAGGGACAGUGGGUACGUGGAGGGCUGGUUUUCUGACAGGGAGGAUCUGUUAAGUCUGAAGCAGUCAGGCUACAGGAGGGAGGACUCAGUCGAGAGCCUGGACUCAGUGGAGUUUCGCCCACUCAGUGUGGCUUCAGACGGCACCAUCAGAGCCGGCAGUGAAGGUUGCUUUAGUGACGCAGAAGCUGAACAUUGCUUCAGGAUGGCGGAAGGCAGUAAAAGUGAUGCCCCCAUCAGAGGAAGGGUGCAUGUCCCAUCUGCCCUGAGGAAGAAAAGACAGGAAUACCAGCAGGGAGACAGGAGUUAUGCAGGCCACCUCACCAGAUUUCCCAUCAGACGCUCUCGGUACCCUGGAAGCAAAUCCAUGGGUGACAUCCCAUUGGAGCCCAUACCCCAGGAAUCUGACAACUGCUCCAGCUUUGACCCACUGGGGUCACGCCACGUUCACCAGAGGUCUGUUGGAGAGCUGACCCUUGAACCCUCAGCCAUACAGAGAGUUCAACAAGAGCAGUUACAGAACAUGAGGGCCAGAAUGAAGGAAAGUGAGGCCAAGUGGCACGAAGAUCUGAGCAAGUGGAAGAGCCGGCGGCGGAGCGCAAACUCUGACCUCCACAGAAAGCGUGAGGAGAGGGAGCAGAUUGAACUUACUAGUGGGGGAGGGACCAGUGCCAUCAGGACUGCACCGCUCACCGGGGGGCCGGGGGAGAGCUCCAACAUGCCUGGACCCAUGAGUGAUGCAGGGUCCAGUGUCAGCAGCGCUAGGCUAACUGGAUGGUCAACCACCUCGGCUUCACCCCUCACGAACGGGACAUCAUCUUCUCUGACCAGAGGCACUGACAUAGAGACGCCUGACUCAGCCCAAAUGUGCACCGGUGAAUUCUUUAACCCUCCAGCAGCUGUUGUCUCUGAACCCUACGAGCAGCAGGGUCCAGACUUCAGCCGCCGCGAUAGUUUCCUAGAGAGUUUCUAUGCAGGGGGAGCACGCAUAUCUGCCACUCUACCAAGGGGUUUCAGAAGGUCAGAAGGUUGCUCGCGCCUCUCCACAGGCAUCACACCACGUCUAUUUGGAGCCAAACCCUCCAAAGUGUCCACACUACCCAAAGUGUAUUCCAUUGAUGACUCUCAUAAAAGCCUAAUCAGUGGACACAGAGACUAUUCUAUCAUCCCCUCAUUCCUCAGCGGUCAAGGAAAGGUCACAGCCUCUGCCGAGACAGGUCACUCUCGUUCAAGCACUCAUCCAAUCAACCCUAAGAAAGCGGAUGAAGACUGGAGAGAUGGAAGGUCAUCAGCGCCUCCCGUGAACUCUUUCGUCACUAAAGUGACCAUGGCCGCUUCCAUGAUACAAACAUCUCCUGUUGUCUCAAAAAUAAGAGAAAUUAAGGUGGGUCAAAGUGAAAUGCGAAUCUGUUUGAAUCAGAAGCCUAACAGCGGGAGAGACUUUGGAUUCAAGGCUCACUGGGACUCAACUGGUGCUUGUGUGAAAUCAGUUCAAGCAGGCAGCCCAGCGGAGUUGUGUGGUCUGCUGAUGGGGGAUGAGAUCGUGGCGUUGGGUGGAUGCAGGGUUGCCGAAAUGAAUUAUGAGCAGUUUAAGGGCAGCAUGGACUCAGCACAGCAAAAAGGCACUUUACUGAUGGACAUCCGGCGACAUGGCCAAAAUGACUGGGGCAGUGGCCACCCUUCCCUACCGUACAAGAGCCAUAAGACCAUCAAUUUGACCAGUGCCAAUUCAACACUUAUAGGGAGGCCCGAGCACUAUGUCUCGAUCAGCACACCCUCAAACUCUCCAGUGGAGACUGUGGUGAAGACACAGGUCAACGGACAGCCUGCUAAUAAAGCACUAACUAAAAUGGUGAAUGGACGUAUCCAGGACAAUCCAGUUGCUCUAAGAAACAAAGACUAUGAGCACAUAGCUUUGAAAAUUCAUAGAAGAAAGUUAGAAUUUUUCAUGAAAAAAGGUGGCUCUGAGUCUGCCAUCUCUGAUCUGCAGGUUCCCUCCAUCAGUUCCACCUCCUCUCGCUGGUCCUGGGAUCAUGAGGAAGAGAGGCGGCGGCAGGAGAAAUGGCAGAUGGAACAAGAGCGCCUCCUGCAGGAAAAGUAUCGACGUGAUCAGGAGAAGUUGGAGGAGGAGUGGAGAAGAGCUCAGGAGGAGUUUUAUGGAGAGGAGCACGGUGCUCCUGAGGAGCAGAAAUGCCUUGCUGUGCUGUCCAAUGGAAAUACAACCUCUCAUAUUCCACCUCCCAUUGCUACCACUUCAGUGGCAUCCACUCAGAUUGCAGAGAAGGUGGGAGCAGAACAGAACAGACAGGCCGCUGUGCAAAUAGCAGCAGGACACCAGUCACUUAAGACAGAAGUGGAGUGCGAUUCAACCACAAAGAGUCAGUGCUCAGAGGAGUCCUAUGGGUUUGCCAAGCUUACCGUUUCCGACAGGACGAAGUCAAAAUCUACCCCUGCACUUGAAAGCCUUCACAAACAAGAUGCUAAAGCUGCAGGGAGCGGUAAAAAGAAGGGACAGCUGUCACAGGCAGAAAAGGAACGUCUGCAGAUCCUGGAGGAGAUGAGGAAGAAAACGCAGCUCCUCACUGACGGCAGUUGGAUCCGUCAGCGAAAUGCCAUCAACAAAGAGUCCAUCACUGCGGGAACGUCAAUCAAGAGUUAUGAAUCGCUGGAGAACCUCCACUCGACCAGCUCCUGGUCCAGGCAGUCCUACACUUCAGGUGUCACAAACCGACCCCAUUCUGCUCUGGGAAGCACUGGCUCUUACAGGAGUGGACGCAGCAGCUUGGGACCUGGCUCAGCGAUCUUCUCUACUGGUCUUAAACAGGCCUUGUCAGCCUCCAACUUUCACACUCCACCAAUCACAACUACUGCUGAGACCUCGGUCCCUGAGUCCCGUUCAAACUCUCAGCAGUGUGGCAGGCUGCUCAGUGGCAGGCGGAUGUGCUCGAGGUGCGAGCAGCCUCUAGGGAAGGGAGCCGCCAUGGUCAUCGAUUCCCUGGAGCUCUGCUUUCACAUUGGUUGCUUCAAGUGUGUCAGCUGCAGGACUGACCUUGGGAGAGGGAUUGAGUCCGGAGCUCAGGUCAGAGUCCGACACAGACAGCUCUUCUGUAACAACUGCUACAGAGUCUGUCCCUCCUUCUCCAAGUGACCAGAAUGCCUUGCAACAGAUGGAAGAGGAGUGUACCACAGAAACGGCCUCAGGAAUCUGAACCAUCAGUAAAAUCUAAACACUGCAGCAGGCUUUAUCCACUGCUUACUUUCACGGCUUUGACAAUCAAUACAUUGAGACUGAUAUUUCUGUGAUUGUUCUCAUAGCAUGACCGCUAUAGUGAAGAGUUAGAACAUGUUAUUGUGAUCACUGCUGAAACCCCUGAGGUUGUUUCUGUACUGGCUGACAUCCGUGGUGAGAUGUAGUAAGAUGUCAUGCUGAACAGUUAUGCAUUCCAUGUGGCAAGUAAUAACAUGUCUAAUCUGUCUAAUGACUCCCUAAGAACUGUUUUAUAUUUUAUUUUUUGAUGCAAG